AUGUUGAAGGUUACUGUAUUUUUGGCCGUUUUGGCAGUCGCAAAUGCUGGAUUCUUUGAUGGAGUUGAUGGUAAGUCUAACUAUAAUUUUGAACCUAAUAAGUGAACUUUCACUUGGAAUUUUUGUGAGUGUAUAUUCUGAGCAGAACUUAAUUUUGAAUAUGUUGAUCCCAUAAGGUUAUUUUUGAAACAGUUGGAUUUUAUAGUGUUGAUGUAGGAAUCAUCAAUAUUUUUAACUUAAAAAAUCUCCCCUGUGAUGCUAACCCUAAACCUAGGUAUCUAUAAAAAUACUAUUCCAGGAAUAACUUCGGACGCUGGAAACUUCUUCUCGGGAACCUUCAAAUCGGUCAAGGAUUUGUUUGGAAAUGAUCAAAAAAGUCUUGAAACCAAUAUUGGAAGAGUAAAGGAUUUGUUGGUUGGAGUCAAGGAUAAAAUCAAAAUGCUUGAACCAUUGGCAAAUGAUUCACAAAAACAAACUUUGAGAAAUGUUGACUCGUUCUUGGGACAAAUCACUGGAUUCCAAAAGAAUGUGAGUUAAACAUGAGAAUGGGGGAGGGGGUGGGUUUCUAGCUCAUCGAAAUUAAAGUUGUGUUGCACCAAAACCGGGUUACUGUAGAUAAAAGUUGCAUUUUUAUCAUCCAAAAAAAAUGGAACCUUUACGGAAAACUAUUUUGAGAUUACUGUAGCCCAAAUGUUUUUUGUGCCUUGAAAUCUCACGACUACGGUAAUCAAGAUUUUGAUGCUGUCAUUGCUACAAGACCUAAGUUCUCUUAUUUUAAUUGUAUGCGCCUUCGAAUACCGUAUACCGAAUCAGGAAUUUGUGUUUUUUUUCCACUACAAGACCAAAAAUCUCUCAUUUUCUAAAAAUAAUCCAUCAUUUCUGAAAAUGUCAUUCAAUUUGCAACAUUUUUCAGAAUAAUUAAAAAGUUAAUCCAACAUUUUCUAUCUACUGUGAAAUUGGCAUUUUUUAUGGAACAACACAUGUUUUUGUUGUUUUCUCAAAAGAGAAAAAAAAUAAAGAAAAGUAUUUGUUUUCAAUUCGAACGAAAGAAAAAUGAUAACAAAAACAAGUCGUUUUUCUGGUGUUUUUUUGCUUUUUUUCCUCAAAAAAGUACGUUUUCCCUCCAAAGAGCUUGUUUUUUUGCCUCGCUUCAAAAAAUAGAGAAAAUAAAAGCAAGGGCAAUCAAACAACAACAAAAUGACCUCAACCUUGAAAAAUUUGAAGGUAGAAGAAUAAGAAAAAAAAUCAAUGUUGCUCUAUGAAACCUUGUGAGAGGAAACCAGUUUGAGGAAAAUAGAGAAAAACAUAUUAUUUUCCAGGUAGUUUUGGGCAAUUUAGAUACAAUUGAACCUUUUUCGGAAUUGAUGGAUAAAUUGGAUGAAAAUGUUAAACCUAAAAAUUUACCAAGCCGAAAGAAACCUAACAAAAUUUCAGAGUAGAUAAAUGUUGAUCUGAAAAUUACAGUACAAUAAGUUUAUCAUUAUUUCCAAAACAUCUGAACUGUAAUUUUCAGACUAAUAUUUACCUACUCUGACAUUUUUCAUUAAAUUUUUGAGUGAUUCUAAAAUAGUCCCCACAACUUAUCUCAACCAUUUGUUUUGCAGGUUGUCGACGGCGGUCAAGCAGCUUUCAAUGAAAACAAAUCCAAAUGGCAAGAUAUGGUAACCAAUAUUUUCGAUAAAGGAGGUUUGACUUCGGUUUUGAAAUUGCUCAACUUGAACUCGGCUUCUUCAUAUUCGUGUGCUGCCAUCGUUGCUCCAAUCUUCUAUUUUCUUUUUGUUCGUUAA